CGGGCUUUAAGAAGCGGAAGAAAAGCCGGAGAGCCUCAGAAAGCGCGAGCGAGUUUAAUAACACUCCACCGGUACAGACAGGGACCCGUUAAUCCCCCUGUACACACGCAUAUACAGUUUACACACACACACACACACACGCACGCGCACGCGCGGGCGGGAUGAAGCGUACCGGAGUUUAACGCGUUUGGGACUGAGCAGAACUUUUCUUGUGGAUUUUAUAAUCAAGGAAUUUAUCUUCUGGGAUUUCUUUAGCGUGUGAACACCUGUACUUUUCCAUUAAUGAGGCAGCCUCCGACAGAUGUGGAUGUUAUGGCGCUGAGGCGCGCGCUCCUGCCCUCCAUCUCCACCUUCUCCACCUCCACCGGAGCUGCUGAGCCGAGAUGGAAGGAGGAAAUGUCUCAUCCGAAGAACUUUGACAACGUCAUGACUAAAAAAGAGCCAGAGGAAUUUGAACUGCUCGACUACGACUUCAUCCUCUCCAACAGCAUCAUGCAGCAGCAACAACAGCAACAGCUGCAACUGCAACAGCAGCAGCAGCAGCAGCAGCAGCAGGGUCGGCCGCCUCCACAGGAAAUGACAUCAUCUGCCUAUCCAUGCUAUCACAUGUCAUAUGUGCCGGACAUCAGUGACGUUUCUCCGAGCGGUGGAUUCGUCGCCGAGCUCAUGAGGCCUGAUCUAGACCCUACCUACCUUCAGCCACUUACCGCCAACAUUAGCAUUACUGCAAAUGCUAAUACUGACACUAAUGUGAACCUACACGGGAAAUUUGUGGUUCAAACGACGAAUGUCCAAACAAACACGUCGUCGUGCGGUGAGAGUGAGAACAUGGCUGCGUCAGAACCGUCGCCGGCUUUGUUCAUGUGCCACAGAAUUAAACAGGAAGUCCAGGCCUCCACGUCCUCUUCCUCCCUCUCACCGGAAGAGCAUCACACACCUGCACAGGUGUUGGCUCAUCCCUCAAUCUCUGUACCACAGGGAUUUCAUCCAUCGCACGGUUAUUCCCAGUUUGCCGCAGCGUCAGUGCAGUACUCAGAAAUGGUUCCUCCUGCAGGGGAGGAGGCGAAACCCAAACGUGGGCGACGCUCGUGGCCAAGGAAGAGGAUGGCCACACACACGUGUGAUUACGCCGGCUGUGGGAAAACCUACACUAAGAGCUCACACCUGAAAGCACAUCAUAGAACACACACAGGAGAGAAGCCAUAUCACUGUGACUGGGAAGGCUGUGGAUGGAAAUUUGCCCGCUCUGACGAACUGACCCGUCAUUACCGUAAACACACGGGUCACCGGCCGUUUCAGUGUCAGAAGUGUGACCGUGCUUUUUCCCGCUCUGAUCAUCUGGCACUGCAUAUGAAACGCCAUCUAUAACCUUCGAUCCUAAUCCCAAACACGACGCACAGGACGUCCAUCAAAACUCCACGACACGAGUUGCCUUUUUAAAGAAAAGACAACGAAAGACAAAGACACAAGACACGCUGUGAUGUUCACGGCAAAACUUCACUAGUUCACUAUCAUCUCUUUUAUUUUUACUUUAUAUACACGCUGACGGCUCAUGAACUGGACAACAAUUCAGCGAACUGUACUGACGACUUUAUUUAUUAGACUUUAUUCUAAUUGUACAUCAUCAUUAUCUCCAUUUCACGUCUACACUACAAACGGCUGUUCACUGAAGAGCUUUAGUUCUCGUAGCAAACAUCCCAUAAUACUACAACAUGAUCAAACUCCAGCAACACCAAAUUAGGAUAACACUCAUUCUAAUUACUUCCUGUAGUGUACACUACUUAGUGAUGUUCCGUCCCUCUGUCCCGAGUUGACCUCAGUCUGAUGGAGAAGCCCAGGGUCUCUACUCGAAACUGUACAUCGUAGAACAGUGUAGAGCAGAACGAACAUCUCUCAUUAAUAUGCAGAGGGAACAGAAGUUAAUGCUCUGGGUUAGUGCAGUAUAUAGUGCACAUUCAUCUACACUGUAGGGAAUAGGGUGUAGGUCACAAGUUUAUUGGGAUUUGGAACACAACCCAGGAACCUGAAGCACACAGGAUAAAGGAAUACAAUUUAUUUUGUGUUCUUGUCUUCCAGCACAUCAGUGUCUCAAACCACUGAUCUGUAAAAUCAUAAGGAUCACAUGGCAUGCCAAAAACUGAACAAGAGAACCAUUCGCUCUGGAAAUAUAUCAAUAUAAAACUGUAAUUAUAUCACUAUAAUAUGUCACUGUAAUUUUAAAAUAUUUUUGUAUAGAAUAAUAUUUAUGUGAAUACAUUUCUGAAAGCAUCAAAAACAAGAAAACUAACCUAACUGGAAAUAUAUAAAUUAUAAUGAUGUUUUUUGUUGUUUUGUUUCUUCUAUAGAACUGGAAAUAUAUACAUUUAUAAAUAUUCAGUGGCGUUUUUUUUGUUUGUUUGUUUGUUUUGUUUUGUUUUUAAGUUACCAGAUAAACACAGGAACGUGAAACCAAACUGGAAGUUUUUGUAAACCUAUUUAUAUAUGUAUAAAUUUAUAUCAAAAUAUUUCCAAAAUUUGGAGCUUGAGGUGCCAAAAUUAAUGAACAAGUAAAGAAAAUAUAUAAGUGUAUAAAAUAUCAGGGAUAUUAUGGGAUUAUAAUAUUCAAAAAUUACACUUUUAACCUAGAUACACACACACACACACACACACACACACACACACACACACACACACUGUAUGGUGAUAUUAGUGGUCAUUUCUGGUACAGGUUAUUUUUUGGUGCGUUGUGUCUCUGCACUGGUGCAAUAAACAUUUUUAUUAAAAAAAAACAACUUAUAAACAACACUCUGGAUAUUUUUGUAACUCUGAACAGGGUCUUCUGUUUAUAUGAAAUAAAUGUAAUAUAAUCCUGCAUUUUGUAAAACUUGUAAAUAUAUAUUUUUUUGCAUUUUAAGUAUAAAUACAUUACUGUACAAAUAAAAUAUAAAACAUUUCAAAUGAACAUUUACAUCAGAGUGAAUUAUCAUUAAUUGUUUAUUCUACAUCUUUACUUUGAUUUAAUGAUAUAUUUAUUUUUGGUAGUCAUCAGGUCACAUAACCAGCCGAAUUAAUGAGCCAUGUAUAUGUUUUUAUACUAUUUAAGACUAUAUUUUAUAUUAUUUAUCCACAUUCUUUAUAUUUUCAUCAUAAAUUACUAUUAUAUUUUAUUAAUAAUAAAUAAACAUUAAAGCUUCUUUCUUUUAGAUCUACUAGAUCUGAUUGUUGUUGUUUUUUUUUUUUACCUCAUUAUGUCAUUUAUAUUCUUUAAUUAUGUCAUUAUUUUAACUCACUGAAAACUGAGUACAUAUAAUCACACAAUAUUAAUCUGAGUAACAUUAGUGCAAUUUAGAUAUGUCCCAACUUUUCUAAUGAGUCAUUACAGGGUUGCCAGAUCUGCAUAGUAAAAACAAGGAUUUUAUUUAUUUAUUUAUUUUUAAAACCUGCCGUUUUAAGGUUUGUUUGUUUUUUAAUCCAGGUCUUAAAAUGGUCUUAUGUCCAUAUCAAAUGCUGAACCACAUCACCUGCUAUUUAACGGACUACAGUAGUCCAUCCAUCCAUCCCACUUAUCCUAUACAGGGUCACGGGUAGCCUGGAGUCUAUCCCAGGGGACUCGGGGCACAAGGCGGGGGACACUCUGGACGGGGUGCCAAUCCAUCGCAGGGCUCAAUCGUGCACACACUCACACACGAUGGACAAUUUGGAAACACCAGUCAGCCUACAACACUCUUUGGACAAUCUUUGGACUGGCGGAGGAAACUGGAGUACCUGGAGG